ACGAUAACGAUAAAACCUGAAGGCAACACAUGAUUUCAUAAACUUUCAGCUGGGGUUGUACGGUGAGGAAGGCAUCAUGUUGGCACUUUUUAAAGCUAGAAAAGUUCUAGACGUCUGUCUCCACGCCAGCCGCAGUCUGUCCCAGCUGGCCGAGCUGCCGGAGACGCAUCAGUUACUGAGGCAGACCUGCAGAGACUUUGCAGACAGAGAACUGUCCCCCAUCGCUGCCAAGCUGGAUAAGGAGCAUGUUUACCCGGCUAAGCAGAUAAAGGAGCUGGGGGCGAUGGGUGUGAUGGCCAUGGAGGUGCCGGAGGAGCUGGGCGGAGCGGGGAUGGACUACCUGGCUUACAGCCUGGCCAUGGAGGAAAUCAGCCGAGGCUGCGCCAGCACGGGCGUGGUGGUCUCCGUUAACAACUCUCUGUACAUCGGGCCCAUCCUGAAGUUCGGCACAGAGGAACAGAAGAAGCAGUGGAUCAGCCCGUUCACUGCUGGAGACAAGGUGGGCUGCUUUGCCCUCAGUGAGCCAGGAAACGGGAGCGAUGCGGGCGCUGCCUCCACCACGGCCCAUCAGGUGGGAGAGGAGUGGGUGCUGAACGGAACCAAAGCCUGGAUCACCAACAGCUGGGACGCUUCUGCUACGGUUGUGUUCGCCACCACGGACAAGAAGCUCAAACACAAGGGAAUCAGUGCCUUCCUGAUCCCCAUGCCGCAUCCUGGACUCUCUCUGGGAAAAAAGGAGGACAAGCUGGGCAUCAGGGCCUCGUCCACCGCAAACAUCAUCCUGGAGGACUGCAGGAUCCCUCUGAACAACAUGCUGGGGCCCCGCGGCGCCGGAUUCAAAAUUGCUAUGCAAACCCUGGACAGCGGACGGAUCGGCAUCGCGGCCCAGGCUCUCGGCAUCGCUCAGGCGUCUCUGGACUGCGCCGCCGACUACGCACACAAGAGGACCGCCUUCGGAGCGCCCAUUGGCAAGCUGCAGGCCAUCCAGUUUAAACUGGCUGACAUGGCCGUGGCCAUAGAGAGCGCCCGCCUGCUCACCUGGAAAGCUUCACUCCUUCGAGAUGCAAAGAAAGCCUUCACCAAGGAAGCAGCCAUGGCCAAACUGGCGGCAUCUGAAGCCGCCACGUUCUGCUCCCAUCAGGCCAUCCAGAUCCUGGGCGGGAUGGGCUACGUGACGGACAUGCCCGCUGAGAGACACUACCGCGACGCCCGCAUCACAGAGAUCUACGAGGGCACCAGCGAGAUCCAGAGACUGGUCAUCGCCGGUCAGAUCCUGAAGGAAUACCAGUCAUAGGAGUUCUUCUACACUAAAUGGACACUUUAUCCUGGAUGAAAUGCAGUUGUUUAAUUUUUUUGUUUGUUUGUUUUUCCAACGGUAAAGGCCUUUUGGUUGACAUUAGCUGAGGCUUGGAGAGAAGAUUCAGGUGGUUUUAAACCAGCAAGAUAUUCUGGCAUUGAUUGAAACACACUAGAAAUGAAAUUAGAGCUUUACUGGCCAGUUCUCAAAAUAUUUAAAAUCGGGGCAUCUUUUCUCCAAAUCUCAUAUUCUAAGUGCAGAGGCUUCUGGGUUUAUGUUGACAUUCUGUUCCAAACCAUUCCCAGAAUCCUUUUUUUAAAUUUAUUUUUAUUUUUAUUCCACUGCUCAUCAUGUGCCAUUCAGAGGUCCGACCACCAGGGGGCGACAGAGAGCCUCCGUGCGUCUUGACCCAUUUCUGCAUCCUGACAUCAGGAGCGGUUGUGUAAUAGCAACAGUGUGAUCACACUUGCAGAUCAUCAGAAUGUUUAGUUCUCUGCUGCGUUAAAGACGCUCUAAUUGAAACAGUUUUGAUUCAUUAUCUGAAGGUGUGUGUGAUGACACACCGUGUGUUUGCCUCACACGCCUUUCAGCGCUCAGCAUGUACAUAUUUGAUUGUAAUUUAUUAUGUGCAGGUGUUAAUAAAAGCGCAGCGGUUUGAGCUUGA